AUGGCUACUGGUGGUGAUGCUGAGAGCUUGGUGCCCGAAGCCUUAAGAAUGCUAUCGUUGACGGACUUGAUUGCCCUUAUCAAGGCGACAACCAGCGACAAAAACGAGGGCAUCUCGAGCAGCGAGUUGUUGGCGACGAUACCGAUAUUCGACGGGUCGUCCGAGCAAUGCAUUGAGGCGUGGUUCGAACGGGUUGAAGCGGUCCGGGAUGCAUACGAGGUGCCUAAGAAAAAGAUGGCGGUGCUGAUAAUAUCGAAGCUGUCGGGGCGGGCGAGACAAUUGUACGACAGUAAGGCAGAGUAUGCAACAUAUUCAUACGAUGAGCUCAAGAGGGCGCUAAUAGCGUUUUUCAAAAAUGGAGAAGACAGGAUGACUAGAAUGAAACGCUUUGAGUCUCGGAGGUGGCGAAAGCAGGAACCGUUUAGCGCAUAUUUUCAGGAGAAGAUGGCGCUAGGAAAUAGGUUGGGCUUUAUAGAGUCCGAUUUGCUGGCUUAUAUGAUAGACGGCUUCGACAACCCGCCACUCCAGGCUCAAGCCAAAAUGAAUCAAUUUAAGGAUUUGGCAACCCUGCUAGGUGUAAUGAAUGAACUGACAGCGGAGGAACGCGGAUUCAAUAUGAUGCCGCCUAAGAGGGUACAGCCAACAGUGUUUCCUAGAGUGGAACCACAAGGCAUGUAUCCUCCGAUGAGGUGUUUUAAUUGUGGCGGAGUGGGACAUAUGGCGUCCAGGUGCAUCAAACCGAAGAAUGAUGGAGCGGCGUGCUACAAAUGUGGCUCAAAGGAGCACCAGCAGAGGUUUUGUAAAAUUGUCCGGAAUACGGCGCAGGUGGCGCCGGACAGCACCACGCUAUUAGUAAACCCCAUACCGGCCUACAAGGUGAAAACGAAGGUGUUUGACGUUGAGUUCGAUAGUGUGAUCGAUUCGGGCUCAGCGAUAUCAAUUAUCAAGCGGUCGUGUGUGCCUAAUGGAGUACCAGUGGAGGCAUGGAGCGCAGCAGCCGGGUUCGAGGGCAUUAACCAUGCGAGGUUAGAUGUUGAAGGCAUUGCGAAACUACGGCUGACGUUUCCGGAGCAUGGGGCAGAAGUGCCACUAACCUUGCAUGUGGUACCAGAAAACACUAUGAAUGCGGCAUGUUUAUUGGGGCGAGACAUGAUUCAGCACGAAGAUUUGGAGGUAAAUAUUGGAAGGGGAGUGUAUAUAGUCAAUAAAAAUCCAGAGGUUAAUGAAAUAUUGGCGAUUGAUGAGAUAAUUACAGACAGAGUGAGUUUAAAUAUAUCGGAGGAAAACGACUAUGGGGUGGUAGCGACAGUAGAAGGCCUGGUAAGAAAGGAAUAUUUGGAGAGUGAGAAACCGGACGAACCAGAGACUGCAUUCGAAAUGUCAAUUGUACUAAAGCCGAAUGCCUCACCAUUUUAUGUAGUGCCCAGGAGAAUAUCGUUCUAUGAAAGAGGUCAGUUGGGUGCCAUAAUACAAGAUUUGUUGGAUAGGGGAAUUAUAAGGGAAAGUAAUUCGGAAUUUUGUUCACCGAUAGUGAUAGUACGGAAAAAGGAUGGUAAAAUAAGAUUGUGUGUUGACUAUAGGGAACUUAACAAACGGGUGGUGCGCGAUCCUUACCCUAGUCCCAGAAUAGAUGAUUGCUUGGACUCGCUUAAGUCUAAGAGGUAUUUUACGAAGCUAGAUCUGAAAGACGCUUUCUUUCAUGUGGUGGUGGCUGAGACUAGUAGAAAAUACACAAGCUUUGUGUGUGCACAGGGACAAUAUGAAUACAACCGUAUGCCAUUUGGAUAUUGUAAUAGCCCGAAUGUAUUUAUAAGAUAUGUAAGUGACAUUUUUCGUCGUUUUAUAGUGAACUGUGAAGUGAUAGUGUAUAUGGACGAUUUAUUAAUCGCCACAGAAACAAUUGAGGAAAAUAUUGAAGUGUUGCGUAGGGUGUUAAAAGUGAUUAGUAGAAAUAAACUAGAAUUAAAAUUAAGUAAGUGCAGUUUUGUGUUCAAGAGCAUUGAUUAUUUAGGUUACCAUAUAGAUGUGAAUGGCAUAAGGCCGAGUGAUGCAAACAUUGAGGCGAUUGUAGAUAUACCCAUUCCAAAGACAUUCAGACAGUUGAGGAGCUUUAUAGGCCUAGCCAGUUAUUUCCGUAAGUUUAUUAAGGACUUUAGUGUUAAGUGUAAGCCAUUGUAUGAUUUGUGUAAGAAUGGUGAAAGCUUUGUGAUUGACGGUGAUGUAGUGGAAACCAUAAACAAUAUUAAGAAUGAAUUAGUGAAUAAACCAGUGUUAGCGAUUUACUCACCUAGUGCGAUAACAGAACUACAUACAGACGGUAGUGCGAAGGGUUAUGGAGCAGUACUUUGCAAAAGCAGGCUAAUGGGAAAUGGCACCCAGUCUGCUACUAUACUGGUGACGGAUUGUAACAGCCUGAAGCUGGCUCUACAGAAGAAGGAAAUAAAUCCAAAAUUAUUGAGGUGGUCGCUAGUAUUGUCGAAUUGUGACUAUGAGCUAGAGCAUCGCGCAGCGGCAAGGAUGCAGCACGUCGAUGCACUUAGCAGGUGCCAUGAACUACUAGUAAUCGAGGAGAACAGCUUUGACCGAGUUCUGGCCAUAAGACAAGGCCAGGAUCCGUUGAUUAGGCGAAUUCGAGAUGGUUUGGAGAGAGAACAGCAUCAGCUGUAUGAACUAAGGGACGGAUUAGUGUACAGAAAGUUCAAGGAGAGGCUUUUAUUUUUGGUACCGUCAUUAAUGGUAGAAGAGGUGUCUAGAUUAAUGCAUGAACAGCUAGGGCAUGCGGGCGUAGAGAGGACGGCGAUGACAUUGAGGAAACAAUAUUGGUUCAGCAAUAUGAACCAGAUAGUAAAUGAGGUUAUACAUAAAUGCUUGAAGUGUAUCGCCUUUUCAAGCUGGAAGGUCGCGGACAGAGGGAGUUGCUACACGUCUGAUUUCUUUAGGACAUUUUUAGAGGAGCGAAACGUAAAAAUAGUGCAUAUAGCUGCAGGAGCCCCUUGGGCGAAUGGACAGGUGGAAAGAGCAAACCGAACAAUCGUUCCAAUGUUGGCGAAAUACACAGAACAUUUAAGCGGUUGGGACGCAGUUCUGUAUAAGGUAGAAUACGCCUUGAAUAAUGCGGUGUGUAAGAGCACGGGUGAGACCCCCAGUAUUCUAUUAUUCGGAGUGACACAACGGGGAGAAGUUAAGGAUGAAGUGAGAGAUUAUCUGCUGCAGAAUGAGUCGUAUGACAAGGACGAAAUUAGAAAGCAGGCAGCCCAAACGAUAGAAAGGGGGCAAGAUUAUAAUAAAAGAUACCAUGAUAAGCGCAGUAAGGAGGCGGAGAAGUAUAAGAUUGGAGAUAUGGUAAUGAUCACCAAUGUGGACACUACUAUUGGUGUGAACAAGAAAUUGUUACCAAAGUAUAAGGGACCAUAUUUAGUUAAGAAGGUGCUGGACCAUGACCGGUAUGCCAUAGGCGAUGUGGAGGGAUUCCAAGUAACGCAGAUGCCAAUGGAAACCAUAAUUGAUCCAAGCAGAAUGCGAUUAUGGUUUAGGCCAGAAGAGGACUAUGGCCUCGAAGGGAGUGAGGGUUCUGAACUGGAAGAAGAACAGACUGAUGUGAGUAGUGAGGGUGUUGUUAGUGACAACGAAUGA